AAUCGCGUGCGGCCUUCUCAUUGAUUGAUUUGUCGGAGUUGAUCUCAGCAAGGUCUCGUAAUAUCCCAUACAGCCAACGCUGCAGGGCCAUAAUCAAGGCAUACAUCAUAGCGUGUCUUGAAAUUACUACAAGAGUUUUUUUUUUUUGCAUACACUUUUUCAUAAUAAAAAAAGUAUAAAAGAGGAUCGCUUUCUUAUUUUUUAUUAUCUACAUGUCACUAUUCAUUACUGUUGGGUCAACAGGUUUCGACAAUCUCAUUAGCCAAGUUACAUCACAGGAAUUUCUGACCUCAUUAGUGAGGUUUGGCAUAACAAAAGUACGCGUUCAAUAUGGCUCCUCCAAUGAUAUAUAUGUAAAAAAUAUACAGGUAUAUGAUGGUCCAAGAAUCGAUAUAACUGGUUACAAAUAUAAGGCUUCAGUUACUGAGGAUAUGGAAGAGGCUGAUAUUAUUAUAAGUCACGCAGGAUCAGGAACGAUAUUGCAAGCGCUUCGAUUGAAUAAAAAAUUAAUUGUGGUUGUUAAUAAGGCAUUAAUGGAUAACCAUCAAAACCAGAUUGCCCAAGCCAUGGAAUCCAGAAAUUAUGCCGUGUGCAGUGACAUAGAUGAUUUAUUGAGUACGAUCCAAAGAGUUCAAAAGACCUCCUUCGAGCUUUUUCCAGUUGCCAAACCCGAGAUAUUUGCGGCCAUAGUUGAUGAGCAGAUGGGAUUCUAAAUAAAUUAUUUUUAUCCCACAAAAUAAACAAAUUAUGGUUCAGCCUCUUU